CCAACACGACAAGGCCCUUCAGGUUCUAGUCCAGUUCUGCGGGAUCGUCCUGGAGAGAGGAGAACCUAAGCCAGACCUUGCAGAGGAGGAGAAGAUGGAAUCAGAGGAGAACCCAGAGGAGCAGAAGAAGAUGGAAGAGGAGGAGAACCCAGAGGAGCAGAAGAAGAUGGAAGAGGAGGAGAACCCAGAGGAGCAGAAGAAGAUGGAAGAGGAGGAGAACCCAGAGGAGGAGAAGGAGAUGAAAACAGCGACAACCGAUGAGACUGAGGUCUGUCCUACAGACAGUAGAACUACUGUCCUACUGUCUGGAUCUAGGACUUCAUUAUGAAGUCUGGCCAACUGUUCUACUGUCCUACUGUCUGGAUCUAGGACUUCAUUAUGAAGUCUGGCCAACUGUUCU